UAGAUAGGCUUGUUUUGAACCUCUGCUCUGUGUACCCUCAAAACGCCGAGAGAAGAGAAGCAGCUGCGUAUGCCUGAGACGGGAAAGAAGCAAUAGACAGCACAUAUACAGACCCAGCCAGACAGGGACAGAAGGAAAUUAAAAUUCAGAUUUUUUUUUCCUCUUAGGAGAAAAAUAAUUAAAACCCUUCUUCUUUUUUGUCGUGCUCUCUUUUAUCAUUUCAAUUCCUCACAUUUCUGCCGCCGGUAUCUCCUUGCCGCCACUAGCUCUCUUUCUUGCCGAUGGCCAGAUGGGAUGAGAUCCUGUCCCUUCCUGUGCAGAAUCCUCCAACUUUGGAAUUUUCUGCUGCUGAGCUUGUAUGGUCUAAGAUUGAAGGUUGGCGUGACAAUAUAGAUAGACUUGCUCUUAUCCCUUUUGCUAGGGUAGAUGAUUUUGUAAGGGGUGAAUCAGCAAAUAAAGAUUGUCCUACAAGAUUUCAUGUUGAAGCAAGGAGACGCCGGCCUCCAGAAACUUCUUACAAGCAAAAGGUUGAUGGCAUUCUUGAAUACAUACUGUAUUGGUGUUCAUUUGGUCCUGAUGAUCACCGGAAAGGUGGCAUAGUACGACCAAGUAGGACUACUUAUGUCCCAAAGAAGAAAAAUGCUGGUCGACCAAAUACUAAAAGAGGGUGCACCUGCCACUUCAUUGUGAAGCGGUUAAUUGCUGAACCAUCGGUAGCACUUGUCAUAUAUAAUCAAGACAAGCAUGUGGAUAAGAAAGGGUUGCCCUGCCAUGGCCCACAAGACAAGAAGGCUGAAGGAACACGUGCCAUGUUUGCCCCAUAUAUCUCGGAGGAUCUUCGACUUCGUGUUCUAUCUUUACUAUAUGUCGGGGUUUCUGUAGAGACCAUAAUGCAGAGACAUAAUGAAUCGGUAGAGAAACAAGGUGGUCCAUGUAAUCGUGAUGACCUUCUAACUCAUAGGUAUGUGCGACGACAGGAAAGGAGCAUCCGUCGCUCUACAUAUGAAUUGGAUACAGAUGAUGCAGUAAGCAUUAGCAUGUGGGUUGAAAGCCACCAGAGUCAUGUAUUCUUUUAUGAAGAUUUUUCUGAUUCGGAUCCUUUCACUUUGGGUAUCCAAACGGAGUGGCAGUUGCAGCAAAUGAUCCGUUUUGGCAAUCGCAGUCUUCUGGCUUCUGAUUCAAGGUUUGGAACAAACAAAUUGAAGUAUCCUGUUCACAGUCUAGUCGUGUUCAACUCAGACAGGAAGGCCAUUCCAGUAGCUUGGAUAAUAACACCGAGAUUUGCUACUGCAGAUGCAUAUAAAUGGAUGAGAGCACUUUACAAUAGGGUCCGCACAAAGGAUCCUACAUGGAAGUUGGCUGGAUUCAUAGUGGAUGAUCCUUCAACAGAUAUCCUUGCUAUCAGGGAUGUGUUUCAGUGCUCUGUACUGAUAUCAUUUUGGCGUGUUCGUCAUGCUUGGCACAAGAACUUAGUAAAAAGAUGCUCUGAAACAGAGAUGCGUGUUCAGAUGUUGAGACGGCUUGGAGAAGCAGUAGAUGGUAUUUGCAGAGGACAUGGAACAAAUGAUUUAUUUGAGGUUUUCAUGGAAGAUUUUGUUGAUGGCUCUGAUUUCGUGGACUACUUCAAAGCAGUCUGGUAUCCUAGAAUAGGGAUGUGGACAACUGCAUUGAAAACUCUUCCACUGGCCAGCCAGGAGACAUGUACAGCAAUGGAACUUUACCACAACCAAUUGAAAGUAAGGUUACUGAAUGAGAAGGAUCCCAUUGUUUAUCAGCGUGCUGACUGGUUGGUUGAUAAGUUGGGUACAAAAGUGCAUUCCUACUUCUGGCUUGAUGAGUACUCAGAAAAGGAUGAUUUUGCAAGAUAUUGGAAAGAUGAGUGGGACAGUGGUUUAACAGCUUGGCGCAAAUCAUUUAAGAUUCCAGACCUUGAUGUCAUUGUAGAAGGUAGAUGUGCAAAAGUUACUGACCAGCUUGAUCGAGAUAGGGUUCAUGUUGUCUGGAAUCCUGGUUCAGAUUUUGCUAUUUGUGAUUGCAGUUGGUCAGAAAUGGGCAACAUAUGUGAGCAUGUAUCUAAAGUUAUAAGAAUGCACUACAACAAAGGGUAUAGGAAGUCAUCUAUUAGCCUAUUUCAGUUCAACAAGGCCUUGACUGAUAUGCUAUACUGUCCACCUCAUGAUUCUCUGAUUCGUGAUCAUGCUGUUUCUCUAGCCGUUGCUGUACAGAAGCAACUAGAUGCACUAGUUGAUUUUGAUAGCAGCCAUGUUAUUGUGGACCCUAGUCAGAACAAAGCCUUGGAUAAUCUUGAGCAGCCGGGUGGGAUGAAUUAUGCAAAUCAUGAUAGAGAAUUAGCGAAUGAGUGUCAUUUAAUGGAGGAAGAUGUAUCAUCCCAUAAUAAAGAUGAUCGUGGGGAAAGAAAUGAGGGUCCUGGUGGUGUUACUAGUGCUUUUGGUGAGAGUAUUAGAGAAGAAACUACUUGUGCUGAGAUGGAUAUUGACCCAUCAUCUAAUUGUAUACCUUCAUCGAGGUUGUGCCCUGUUGAUGAGGUUAUAACUAGUGAUGUCAGGGAAAACAGAGACAAAACUGCAAAUGACAUGGGUUCCAGCAGCAAGAGCCCACCUAGAGAUGAAGUUUUGACUGAUCAAGCUGAGGUUGAACAUGAUAGCACGGUGCAUAUGGAACUGCAAUCCAUUGACAUCCCUCCACCACUGGCAGAGUUUACAGGGCAAAGUGUCGCUAAUCAGAAUGAUAUUUGCAACAACGAUUCUGAGCUAUCAGUAAUCACUAAUACAUCAGAUGCUGAUGUUGUAUAUAACAAGGCCUCCCCACCGUCAUCCAAGGUUGUUGAGCCACAAAUGAUUGGUAUGAUUGCAACUCCAGGCACCACGAAGAAUGAAGCGACAGAACCAGAAAGUGAAAAUGGAAGCAAAACUGAGAACCAUCAAUCUAUUGAUAAUACUUCCUCAUUAAAUGGUGUGCAUGAUAAGGUGAUGCUUAAUCCUGAUUGUGGUCACGAUCCCAGUGCAGUUGACAGCAUGAUGGAGUCGGAAACACUGCUAAAUUCCUCCUCAACGUUCAAUGAGAGUGACAAACAUCCUCCUAUCGAGGCCACAGUUCAAGAAACUGGUUCUCAUGAGGAAACAUCUUCGAACAAUAAUUUGGUUUUGACCAGUUGUAGGCUUCAGAAAAGUGCUGCAAAUGGGAAAGGUGAUGCCAACCAGUCAGAUAUUGUCGAUGGUAGUGUUGCUGAGAGCAUCUAUUCUGGAGGAACUGUAAAUGUUGGCUCUGUAGCAAGUAAAGGGUCUGAUAGAUGCCAUGAAGAUACUGGUGUUGAAGCGAGUGAUGUCUAACAUUUGUUGAUACUACGGUCCUUCUUCAAGUGUACAUAGUCUCCAAGGGCGUAUUUGUCACACUGUUGAUUAGUUACUGGUUAGAUAACAUAUAUUAGAAAGACUUGGAUUCAAAAACAACAAUGUCCAUUUUUUUUCUUGGCAACAAAUAAUUAUCCACGGUAAUGCAUUGCAGAGGCAGGAAAUCUUUUUGUGAGAUAGAAUUCAGAAAAUACUUUCUCUUUUUACAUUGCAUGGUGAGUUGGUAAUUGAGUUUGUAACUGUUGCUGAUGCAUUGUGAAGUUUUAGUGCUAUGUUGAUAUGGAUAGGGAAAAUGGGGAUUUUUUUUUAAGUUC